GGCAGUUCCUCGCGCGGGGCCUCUCGCGGCGCCCGGGGGGAGGAGGCGCGGGCGGCUCCCCCUCCCCCUUGGCGCCAUGCACCGCGCGGCACCGGCUGCUGCCGCCCCUCCCCCCCCCUGCAGCAGGGCGGGAAGGAGCCUCGGCCCCUGGGCAUGUGCUGCACAGCUCCCGUGUAACCCACCCCCGGCGGCAUGAGGAGGCCUCGGGCCCGUGCCGCGGCCGCCCUGCAGCGCCGUCGGGCUGAGGGGAAGCUGCUUGCGAGGUCCGGGCGCUUCUGUCCCCGGCGCCAGGGCGGGCCCUUGCAGCCGCUUGGCAACCAAAAAGCGGAGAGCGGUCGCAGCCCCUGCAAAGGUCACGAGCAGGCGCCCGGGCUGGGUUGUCGGGCUGGCCUGGACACACACACAGACAGACAGCCAUGGCAUCUCUGGGACGGGAGGGAACAGGUGCUCAGCACCGCCACACAGGACAUAAAGCUGUUACUGUGGCAGGGCAAACUUGGGUAGGUGGGUGGAAACUGAAGAGCACCUCUUUGCUUAGUUGACAUUGAGAGAGAGGGGAAAAUAAAGUGCCAUCAGCACUGCCUCCUUAUCACGCUGACAUCUCCUACCCAAGUACAGACAGGACCUGCCCAGCCCAGUCAUGAAAGCAAAGCUGCAAGCCAGCCUGCAAGAGUGUAAAACAUGGAUUUGGCCAACCAUGGACUUAUUCUGCUGCAGCAGCUGAAUGCUCAAAGAGAGUUUGGUUUCCUGUGUGACUGCACAGUUGCUAUUGGUGAUGUCUACUUCAAGGCCCACAAAUCUGUCCUUGCAUCUUUCUCAAACUACUUCAAGAUGUUGUUUGUUCAUCAGACCAGUGAAUGUGUUCGUUUGAAAGCAACUGACAUACAGCCAGACAUCUUCAGCUAUCUUUUGCAUUUGAUGUAUACAGGGAAGAUGGCACCUCAGCUGAUUGACCCAGUUCGAUUAGAACAAGGAAUAAAGUUUCUGCAUGCCUAUCCACUAAUUCAAGAGGCCAGCCUUGCCAGUCAGGGAACCUUUUCACAUCCAGAUCAAGUUUUUCCAUUAGCAUCUUCAUUGUAUGGCAUUCAGAUCACAGAUCACCAGAUAAAACAUCCCACUAAAGUUACAUCAGCAACUGACAAACUUGGGCGAGACCCAAGGCCACAGACUUCCCGGAUGAGCCAGGAGCAAGCAUCUGAAGGCUCACAGUUAGCUUCAACUCUGCCACAAGUGACCAGGACAAACAUGACUACAUCUGACCCAUUGCAGUCUUCACUGUCCCCAGAACUGGUUUCCACUGCUGGUAAUAAUUCUCCUCCGGGAGAGGAACCCAACAUGGAAGCAUCUUCCUCAGAUGAACAGCCCACUUCACUCACAAUAGCACAUGUCAAGCCAAGUAUUAUGAAAAGGAAUGGAAGUUUUCCAAAAUACUAUGCCUGCCACCUCUGUGGCCGUCGGUUCAAUCUGCGCAGUAGUUUGCGUGAACAUCUCCAGAUCCACACAGGAGUGCCCUUCACAUCAAGCCAACAAGGGGAAAGUAGCAUGUCCCUGUCUCUCUGCAACAACACAGCUGACAAAGAUGCCAUGGAAGUGCCUGAAGCUGGAAUGAUUAGUGACAGUGAGUUGCAACAGAUCUCAGAUUCCCCCAUAAUUGAUGGACAGCAGCAAGCAGAAACACCGCCACCCUCAGACAUUGCAGACAUAGACAACUUGGAGCAGACAGAUCAAGAAAGAGAAGUGAAGAGGCGGAAGUAUGAAUGUUCCAUCUGUGGACGCAAAUUCAUUCAGAAAAGCCACUGGAGGGAGCACAUGUACAUACACACUGGCAAACCUUUCAAGUGCAGCACUUGUGACAAAAGUUUCUGCAGGGCCAACCAAGCUGCCAGACACGUGUGCCUGAACCAGAGCAUGGAUACUUACACUAUGGUGGACAAGCAGACUCUGGAACUCUGUACUUUUGAGGAAGGCAGUCAAAUGGACAACAUGCUAGUACAGACCAACAAACCCUACAAAUGCAACUUGUGCGACAAAACGUUUUCAACUCCCAAUGAAGUGGUUAAACAUUCGUGCCAAAAUCAAAACUCUGUCUUUGCUCUAGAAGAGGAUAGAUCCAUUCUGCUAGGUAGUGGGGACACAGAAGUGACGGAGACAGAGAACUCAGUGUUAGCCUCCAUCAAAAAGGAGCAGGAAGCAGUGUUGUUGGACUGAAUAUGAAAUCUGUAUCAAUUUUUUUAAGUUUCUUUAUUCAUUUUUACUAAACCAAUUCUCUCCCCCUCCCCCUCCAAGCACCAGAAGUACACUGGUAUGGUAGAAAAUUGGAUCUUGCCCCUCCCACCAAAAAAAUAAAUAAAAGGCUUUAUAUAUCA